AUCACUUCAUCCUCUCUCUUUGAGACAUUCGAAAAUGCGAAUUUCAUUAUCUUCGGCGCUCGUCGUCGCCGCCCUCCUGGGAUCUGUCGCUGCCUACAACUUUGACGACGGCGCAGACGGCCUUGAAGCCCGCGAUUUCACGGACUACGACGUUGAAGCCCGUGAACUCGAUUUUGAUCUCGACCUCGAUGCCAGGGAUGUUAACGACGGCUUCGGGUUGGAGGCUCGCGAUCCUCUACGCUGUGGCACUAUGUCCCGCUUGAGGAGAGGUCCGUACGGUAGACGACGCAGGUUCUUCAGCCGCCCUAGUCCUGGAGCAACGGAUGCCCCCGCAGCUGAAGCUCGGGAUUUCCUCGAGGACCUCGACGUCUUCGAGAGGGACGUCUCCGAUGACCUCUUGGAGCGAGGCUUCGAAGACAUCAGCGAAAUCGUCGAGCGCGAGCUUCUGGAAGGUCUCGCUGAGCUCGAGGUUAGAGACCUAGGCGAUGUCCUCUCUGAAUUGGAGGCUCGUAACCUCGAGAACCUCGCAGAACUCGUUGAACGCCAGAGUGGUGAAGUCGCCACCACUCCUCCCCGUAGAACAGGACGCAAGCUAGCUAUGGGUCGCCGCCGUGGUCGUGGCCGCGGCCGCGGUCUCCGUCGUCACCGCCGCCUCGGUAAGGGCCGUCGUGGUAUGCGCCGUCGUCCUCGUGGGGGCGGCCGUCGCCGCAACCGCCGCAGGCCUACUAAGGUUGCUGCUGCUGGAGGUGAGGGCGCUACUUCUGGCGCUGGCGCUGGUGCCGGUGCCGGUGCCGCUGGCCCUAGCCCAGGUGGUGUUGGAGGUGCCGCCAAUGUACCUGCUGCUGCCCCCGAAGCCUCUCCUGUGCCUCCUGCGGCCGCCUAA